ACAGUCACGUGCAGCGCAAUGCGCGAGGGGCCGGAAGAGCGAAAAGGGGCCUAAAGGAAUUUAAAGGAGUCUGAAGGGAGACUGCUGGAGGGGGGAGGGAGGCUUCGAGUAGCCCGAGGAGUUUCAGAGAUCUCCUCGCCGAAGAAUCGCGAAUCCUUUCGUUUCGACGACUCACAGAACUCGAAUCACUUUGUCCUUCAUGGCCAUAUAUGUGGCCGGCCGGACUUGACCUAUAUAUUAUUAUGCUAUUGGCGUACAGAUAUGCGCGAUGCGCGUCGUUUGCGAAUGUACCCGCAGGGCCUUACCGAGGUUAGGUCUGGUUAACGAUAAUCCGUCGUCGUAACUGUCGUAAGUCCUUCCUGCCUACAGUGACCGCCAAUUGUGUGCGAUAAAACGCAAAUCUUUAACGUUCUACGAUAGAGAUGAGAUGACUAGCGAUGGGAUUCGGAUAUCGAUAUAUUAUAUUUUUACCAUUAAAAUUUGUAAAAACUAAUUGCUUCAAUUUUUGAUUAUUUAAACUGUUGGCGUGCAUGCAUACUGUACAUGUAUGCACGUAUGUAUGUACGCAUAAUGAUAUACGUACGUAUAUCGAGUAACCGAGAUAAUUUCGUAUAUAGGUACUUACACCUAUUGUAUUAUACUAACUCCCUUUCCUUCGCUCAAGGUUCAGUUCGAAUGCCCUUCGGUCGUUCGCCGAAUGUCUCAUUCUUGACCGGUAUUUAAGAAGGCCACGAGACAUUGCAGCUCUGCCACGCAUCGAACUUGGCCGGCAGACACUCGGCCGCGGCUAUAAAACGGAUCGCGCGCAGAGUGGAAGGUCAGUGAGCGACGAGUACUCUAUUCGUGUAAACUAAAUUUCCAUCCUUGUGUCUCGAAUCGCAAUUCUCUAUUACAACUCUUACGAUAUUUGUAUGAAAACGUAUUUGUAUGUCAGAAAGAAGAAAAGAAUUUAACAAUGGCAUAUAUACGUAUACUCGAUUCAUAUUUUUGAUGUAAAAGAAUUAAUAACACGUUCAAAGGAAGAAUAUGAUAGUUAAAGUCGCCAACUAAUCAAAGAGUUGUUCCAUCCGCUUGUUCAACUUUUAUAAAAAUAUGGAGAUUCAAGUAUCAAACGUCGACUCGAAGGAGCAGAUUGACGAUUCGCUAGUCUCGUCUUCACGCAUGAAAAAAUCGGAAACGAAGGAUAGUAUUUCAUCCAUAGAUAGCGACUUGAGUCUUUCCUUCGACGCGAGAAGAGGUUUUAAGAGCGACGAGGCUGACUCGUCGGACUCGUCGAACGAUAACGAGAUCAGGUCCUUCAAGUCCCAUCGGGUAAAAGAGAUCGAUAUCGAACGAGAUUCGGGCGCAGACUCUCUGGAUGACGUUACAUUGAAAGAAGUGGAAAAACAGAAACAAAUAGGUGUAUCGUCGGAAUCACCAACGGUAUCGAUGGUCGAGACAACGACCAACGAUUUCGCGAUGCCGGAUGACGAGUUAGCUGACAAAAUAUGUGCUCAGGUGGAAUAUUAUUUUUCCGACGAAAAUAUCACAAAGGAUGCGUUCCUACUGAAACAUGUGAAAAGAAACAAAGAGGGCUACGUAUCUCUUAAAUUGAUAUCUAGCUUCAAAAAGGUCAAGCACCUCAGUAGAGAUUGGAGAGUGGUUGGAGCAGCUUUAACGAGGUCUAAGAAACUCGAGCUUAAUCCACAAGGGAUUAAACUGCGUAGAGUGGAUCCUUUACCACUUUUCGAUCAGACAGCUCCUUCUAGAACGAUUUUAGUAGUCGGCUUACCGAAAGAGAAAUUAGCAGUCGAGUCUGUCGCAGAGAUUUUUAAGCCCUGCGGUGAGAUAGCGCUGAUAAGAGUGCUCAAACCUGGACGUCCCGUUCCUCCCGAGGUGCGACAGGCAAUCGCCAAAAGGCCAGAAUUGACCUCCAUCGAAGAGUGCGCCAUGGUCGAGUUCACGGACUCGGCCUCCGCACGAAUCGCUACGCAAAUGGCCUUGGGUGACGCGAAAAUAUUUGAAUUACGUCACUCGGUUGACAAAAAGAAGAAGCAGCCUACGAAGAAAUGUACUCUCAGUAAAAUAGCGAGAGAAGACAAUCACAAUUCGUCCAGUUGUCCCAGUGGAUCCGAACCUGAGGAUGGGAGACUAAGACUCAAGAGAGGCUUUCAGGCGUAUCCGAUGUAUCACGUUCAUAAUACGAAUUAUCCCUUUCAAGGACCAUCAUCGCCGGACACAUGCUUAUCCCGUAAGCUCUCUUCUUGCUCUAUAUCUAGUUCCGAGAACGGUUUUAUAUUUCGGCGUCUCUCUUCCUGUUCCGGUUCUGGUUCCGGUUCCAGCUCGGAUUCCGGUAGACGUUAUUCCACCUGUUCGUCUGGUUCCGAAGCAGCUUUUCUUUGUUCAAGUUACUCAAAUAAUUUAUAUCAUCAUGAAAAUCGUCCUUACUCUUGCUGUUCAGCUACAGGUUCUCCAAUAGGUUCUCCAAUGGAAUGCCGAGGAAGCUGCUACAUCAUAAAUCGUCGCGGAUCGGCUGAUUAUGGAUCGUCAUCGAGAAGGUUUUCGACCUACAGUCGUGAUUUUGACGCGAAUAUCAGGAGAUCAUCCCUAUGCUCUUCGAACUCGGAACAAAAUGUGUUCUGUCGAUCGAGAAGCAACAACAGCAUCACGAUGAUGCAUGUGCCUGAGAAUGUAACGAGAAUGCCAGCAGGACCCGAUGGCACUCGUGGUUUUUUUGGUCGUUCCACAAGAAUAUCAGCUUCUAUAGAACCUAUUCAUUGAAUAAUAUUAAAAAGAUUCGCUUCUAGCGAUUGGACUUAAAGUCCAAAAGACACGUUAGUGUACAGUAUCGAUUGAUGCUCUAGCAUUGGCAAAGGCGAGCAAAAUCAAGUCAAUGCACAGUGGUUUCACAUCUUACAAAAGUUAACCAAAAUUUUUGUUUUUUAAUAGUCAAAUGGCGAUAAUUAGAAUAAUUUUGCUGUAUAUUAUAUCGAAGGAUUGUAGAACAUCGCCGAGAGCAUUUUUAUCUUUCCUUGUUAAAAAAAUAUUGAAAAUAAACAACAUCUUAAGCUGUUCUUUCUCUACUAGA